UGACACCUCACGCUUCCCUGGGGAUCUUUCCCAGGUUCUGGGGCCAGAAUCAGCAUCAAAACAGCAAGAAUUGUUCCAUCUGUCACAAUGUGACUGCCCCCACUCCUCCCCCACAGCACGGGGCCAGCAAGGAGGCAGCACCCACAAAGAGGAAGGGGAAGUUUGGGGACCUCAGAGCAGAGCCAGCCCUGCUCGCGCCCUGUGCCCCCGUUCGGGUCGGCCAGCACCCCCCUCCCACUGGGACCACCAUGAGCCCCGCCCUCUCUGCCCUGCUGUGCCUCGGGCUGUGUCUGGGCCACAGGAUGAGGGCACAGGCAGACAAGCUCCCCAGACCCUCCCUCAGGGCAGAGAAUGGGUCCCUGGGGCCCCUAAGGAGAAGGGUGACCUUCAGGUGCCGGGGGUCACUGGGGGCUGCUGAAUACUUCCUGGAGAAUAAGAUGGGACGUAACUUAAAAAUUAUCGGCUCCGAGCUGUCACAGGAAGUUGAGGUCGAGUUUUCCAUCCCAUUGAUGAUACUGAAUGACACAGGGACCUACUCCUGCGGCUACAGAACAGCGUCCCUCUGGUCAGAGCUCAGUGACCCCCUGGAACUGGUGGCCACGGACCGCCAUGACCCACCCUCCCUCUCGGCCUGGCCCAGCUUCGCAGUGGUCAAAGGACAGGCCGUGACCCUCCGGUGCCAGUCUGAGAAGUGAUAUGACCGCUCUGCCCCGUACAAGGAUGGAGAACAAGUCACCAAAGCCCCGGCCCAGCUCCAUACAUGGGGGUGUCAGGCCAAUUUCUCCAUUCCUGCCGUGAACUCUACCCACAGAGGGACGUACCGAUGCUACAGCUUUCAGAGUCACUUCCCCUAUGAGUGGUCGGCCCCCAGUAACCCCCUGGAGCUCAGGGUCACAGGAACCUCAAAGGAUCCUCCCCACCCCCACAGCCCUGGAGACACCCGAGCUCUGACCCCCUCCCCACCCAGUCCUGCAGCCCAGGAUUACACGCUGGGCAACGUCAUCCGCCUCGGUCUGGCCGGGCUGGUGCUCGUCCUCCUGGGGGUCCUGCUGGCUGAAGCCUGGAAUAGCUGCAGGGGACGCCCAGGGGGAGUGCCCGCAUCUUCUGACAGAAGGGAAGACGGGGCUGGGGGGCCCUGAAGGCUCGGAUCCCAAAUACUCCAGGAAUCCUGCCCACACCCAGACAGAGGAAGGGCCCAGCAUGUGGGGGGUCUACACCAAUCUCAUCAUUGGGUGGCGAGUGUCCACACCAUCCCCAUCAAGGGCCCCUUUAGUCAAAUCCCUCUAGAUGGUGCUCAAAGGAGCUUCUGGACAAGAAAUCUAUCUUCUGAAGAUCAGGCUUGCCCAACUUUGAAUAUAUGUGUAAACAGUAAGGAACCGGAUUGAUAGAGGACCAGGAAGUGUGUUAACAUUGUCCUCCCCGGCCAGCUGGGGUGAUGAGGGAGAGGCUCUUUGCUUCUAGAUAAAAAAUAAAAAGCUCAGUCCUGCAUCUAUAAGUAUGAUAACCCUGACUCCCCCAAGAGCACAGUCUACUUUUUGCAAGAACCAUAAAUAAAGCAACGUCCUUGUGCAAAAAUGUUGGCAGCAGCUCUUUUUGUGGUAACGAAGAAUUGGAAAAUAAGUCGGUGCCCAGCAGUUGGGGAAUAGCUGGACAAGCUGUGGGACAUGAAGGUCUUUUGCUCUAUUUUAUUGCUCUAUAUUAUUGCUCUAUAAAAACUGAUGAACCAGCCAAUUUAUUAGAAAGUCCUGGGAAGAUUUACACUAAUUGAUGGCGAGCCAGACAAGCAGGACCAGGGAUACAUUGCAGCAAGAUGUGCCACGAUCGACUCUGAAAGACUUGUUCUUCUCGGUGGUUCAUUGAUCCAGAGACAUCCCACUAGACUUUGCACAGGAAAUGCCAUCUGCACCCAGAAAAAAUCUAAGGAGACUGAAUGUAAAUCAACACAUGCCAUGUUCACUUCUUUUUUUUCAUUGUUUUAUCUCUCCUAUGUUUUUUUGUUUUGUUUUGUUUCUUCCCUUUUGCUCUGAUUCUUUUCUCCCAACAUGAUUCAUAAAACAAUGUGGUUAAAAAUAAGAAAUAAAAGAAAGUGUGAUCCCA